UAGAGAUCGAAAAGGAGUAUAUAAAUAGAGAGAGACGGAAAGCAAAAGAAGAAAAUCGCUCUGUUUGUGUUCGCGGCCAGCCACCAGCCUGAGCAACGAGUCUAAGUCUUGAGCCACAGGAAGGAACUGGAGUUGCCCUGCCUGCCUACAUUUUUCCAUUUGUUCGUCUUCCGUGAGUUCCGUUGUAUCGGAGAGAAAGAAGGAAACAGUCGGCAGCUGCUGCAGCGAACUCUAAACAAACAGUUCUUUCCGUGAGCUACCGACCCAGCCCCCCAAAACCCUAUUCCAGCUCAAUGUGACAAACCCCAACUCUUAUCUAAAACCCGAGCCAAAAACGCCCCUCUGGAACCGUAGGCGAACAAACCAUGCCUUCCUACUCAGCUAUUUUCCAGGGCUGUGUGAAACCCACCACUGUCAUCGUUUCUUUAAGACCCACUUGCUCCGCCGUUGCUCUUCCUCUACGCUGCCGGCGGAGCGCUCAUCGUGUUGUCGCAUCGCUAAAACCCUCCUUCCCUUGCCGCCAAUUCAUGGCUCUUAGUUCAUCCUCCGUCUAUGUUCCUCCCCAUUUGAGACAGCUUGGAAAUGGACGGUGCUUGAGCGGCGGUGACGUUUAUAGCAGCAGGGGUUUUAGGGGAUCUUCUCCUUUAAUUUUGGAUUGGAAGGUUGCUGCCAUCCCCAAUUUCUAUCCCCGGAGCCUGAAUUACGGCCGGUAUGCUUACCAGGAUGAGUCCAGCGAUGAGUCCGAGCCGGAAACUGGGUCGUCGAUGAGUGGUUCAACGCUUGAAAACUUGGAGGAUUGGAGAUGGAAGCUGACAAUGCUAAUGCGCAACAAAGGCGAGCAAGAAGUUGUAUCCAGGGAAAAAAAGGAUAGGCGAGAUUUUCAGCAGAUCUCUGCUGUGGCUGAGCGAAUGGGUUUAUAUGGCCGUCAGUACUCAAAAGUUGUCGUCUUUAGCAAAAAUCCUCUGCCUAACUACAGACCUGAUCUCGAUGAUAAACGGCCACUGAGAGAGGUGAUAUUACCAUUUGGAGUGCAAAGAGAAGUGUCGGCUCAUCUCAAUUCCCACCUUUCGAAAAAGUCAUUAAGCAGAGGGUCUUCUACCUCCUCUUUGAGGUCGAGUAGCGGUGGGAGUUUGGCUUCUGAAGAGACAGUAAAUGGCCAGCGAGAGCCCGUUUUACCGGAUAUUUCAACACGUGAACGAAUGUAUCGUCGUAAAAGUUUGCAAAUGCGUGAUCAGCAGCAAGAAUGGCUGGAUUCUCCUGAGGGCCAAAAGAUGAUUGACUUUCGUAAAAGUCUUCCUGCAUAUAAAGAAAAGGAUGCAUUAUUGAAAUCACUUGCUCAAAAUCAGGUCAUCGUUGUGUCUGGUGAGACUGGAUGUGGGAAGACCACACAACUCCCACAGUAUAUACUAGAAUCUGAAAUCGAAGCUGCUCGAGGUGCUGUAUGUAAUAUCAUAUGUACUCAGCCAAGGAGAAUAUCUGCUAUGUCUGUCGCUGAAAGAGUUGCUGCAGAACGAGGAGAGAAACUUGGUGAAUCGGUUGGUUACAAGGUUCGCUUGGAGGGAAUGAAAGGAAAAGAUACACGCCUCCUUUUCUGCACCACCGGGGUAUUGUUAAGGAGAUUACUUCUUGAUAGAGACUUGAGAGGCGUAACUCAUGUCAUUGUUGAUGAAAUUCAUGAGCGAGGCAUGAAUGAAGAUUUCCUUCUAAUUGUUCUGAAGGAUCUCCUUCCUCGUCGACCUGAUUUGAGAUUGGUUUUGAUGAGUGCAACACUGAAUGCUGAACUUUUCUCUUCCUAUUUUGGCGGUGCUCCAACACUCCACAUUCCUGGCUUCACCUAUCCAGUACGGGCACAAUUUCUAGAGAAUAUUUUAGAAACCACUGGAUAUAGAUUGACUCUGAAUAACCAAAUCGAUGAUUAUGGUCAAGAAAAGACAUGGAAGAUGCAGAAACAAACUCAAGGUUUCAGUUGUUUUUGGUGUUUUUCUCAGGACACAGUUGAAUCUACUGACUUUAGGGGUUACAGCCACCGCACCCAAGAGUCCUUGUCCAAUUGGAACCCUGACUCAAUUGGUUUUAACCUCAUUGAGCAUGUUCUUUGUCACAUUGUCAAAAAUGAGAGACCUGGUGCUGUGCUGGUUUUUAUGACUGGUUGGGAUGACAUUAACUCGUUAAAGGAUCAGCUGCAAGCUCAUCCGGUGCUGGGCGAUCCAAGCAAAGUCUUAUUACUUGCGUGCCAUGGCUCCAUGGCAAGCUCUGAGCAGAGACUAAUAUUCGAUAAACCUGAAGAUGGUCUGAGGAAAAUUGUUUUAGCCACUAACAUGGCUGAGACUAGUAUUACCAUCAAUGAUGUUGUAUUCGUUGUCGACUGUGGGAAAGCGAAAGAGACAUCCUAUGAUGCAUUGAACAAUACUCCUUGUUUGCUUCCCACCUGGAUUUCAAAAGCUUCUGCACGACAAAGAAGGGGAAGAGCUGGUCGUGUGCAACCUGGGGAAUGUUAUCAUCUCUAUCCCAAAUGUGUUUAUGAUGCCUUUUCUGAUUAUCAGCUGCCCGAACUUCUGCGAACACCUUUACAGUCCCUAUGUCUACAAAUAAAAAGUCUACAGCUGGGAAGUAUUUCAGAGUUCUUAUCUCAGGCCUUGCAAGCUCCAGAAGCAUUAUCGGUUCAAAACGCUGUUGAAUACUUAAAGGUGAUUGGGGCACUAGAUGAGAAGGAAAACUUAACAGUACUAGGUCAACAGUUGUCAGUGCUUCCAGUUGAGCCGAAGCUUGGAAAAAUGCUGAUCCUAGGCGCCAUAUUCAAGUGUCUGGAUCCAAUAAUGACUGUGGUUGCUGGUCUUAGUGUCAGAGAACCGUUCUUGAUGCCAUUUGAUAAGAAGGAUGUUAGUAAUCUUGCAAACUCUCAACACAGCAAUCAUUUACUAAUGUUCCUUGCAGAGUCUGCAAAAGCACAGUUUGCUGCUAAUGAAUACAGUGACCAUCUUACCCUUGUUCGAGCCUAUGAUGGGUGGAAGAAUGCUGAGAGGGAUCAGUCUGGUUAUGAGUACUGCUGGAGAAAUUUUCUCUCAGCACAGACUCUGAAAGCCAUUGACUCUCUUCGCAAGCAAUUCUUUUUCCUGCUUAAAGAUGCGAAUUUGAUUGAUCAGCAGCAUCCAGAAAAUUGCAAUACAUGGAGCCAAGAUGUGAAUCUUGUCCGAGCCGUCAUCUGUGCUGGACUGUUCCCUGGAAUAUGCUCUGUUGUGAACAGGGAGAAGUCAAUAGCGCUGAAGACAAUGGAGGACGGUCAAGUGCUCCUGUAUUCGAGUUCAGUGAAUGGCAGUGUAUCGAAAAUUCCAUACCCAUGGUUGGUUUUCAAUGAGAAAGUAAAGGUUAAUUCCGUGUUUAUCCGGGAUUCAACUGGUGUAUCUGAUUCCGUACUCCUUUUAUUUGGAGGGAACGUUUCAAGCGGUGGACUGGAUGGACACCUGAAAAUGCUUGGAGGCUAUUUGGAGUUCCUUAUGAAGCCUGCAUUAGCCGACACGUAUGUAACUUUAAAGAGGGAGCUCGAGGAGCUGAUUCAGAAGAAACUUCUUGAUCCUGAGUUGGACGUGCAGUCCUAUUCUGAGUUGUUGAUGGCGAUCCGAUUGCUGGUGACAGAGGAUCAAUGUGAGGGCAGAUUUGUAUUUGGUCGUCAGCUGCCUGCCGCCCCAAAACAAAAAAUCCGAGUGGUGAGUCCAGGUGGAGGUGGAGGCGACAAUUCUAAGAACGAGCUCCAAACUUUGCUUGCCAGGGCAGGACAUGGAUCGCCUUCAUAUAAGACGAAGCAAAUGAAGAACAACCAGUUCCGUUCCACAGUGAUCUUUAAUGGUUUGAACUUUGAUGGACAACCUUGUGGCAGCAAGAAAGAAGCUGAAAAGGAUGCAGCUGCCCAAGCUAUAUUGUGGUUGAGGGGAGAGAAUCAUUCGUCAUCCAGAAAUAUCGAUCAUGUCUCAAUGCUUCUCAAGGAGAGCAAAAGCAAAAAGAAAGGCAGGAUGACUGUCCCUAGUGGUAAAUGGGGUUAAUAGUGUACUUUGAUGAAGACCUUUCAGCGUUGUUUCUGUCGGCGGAAUACGUCCUUGCUCUGGUCGAGUUGUAUAUUUGAGUGAAGGGGAUAUAAGAGAACAGAUUAUGCUCCAGUUCUUGGUCCUUCCAGCCUCUGGCUUCGAUGUCCAAGAAGUUAACCAAUUUUGAAGGUGCAAGUAUGGAGACGAUCGAGCUAUCUAGGCGAUAGAUAGCUCAAGAACUCUAACCGUUGCUCGACUCAGUUAUCUAUAUUUAGGCAGAAGCUAUACCAAUGUGGCAUACAGAUUGACUAAUGUAAUCAUUAGAUAUGUAGGAAUCGCUACACAUGAUUAUUGUACAGCUAAUAUAGCAGCAGGAAGUUCGAUUCUCAACUUUUGUUAUUCAGAGUUAUGGCAAGUCUGAAUCAGUUCAUCCACAUUUUGCACUGGAGUAAAGAAGAAGGAAGCUUUUCUUGAUUUUUUCUGACCAAAGCGUCUCAUUGCUAAUCCAAACUAAGAGAAGCAUCCGUCUCAGUGUCCAGAAUUAAUCUGAGGGGGAAUCCUUAUUCUCUCUUGAAAACUGAUUUCCAUAUCUAAGAAACUCUCAUGGUUCGUUCAAUGCUUGCUGCGACGAUCAAGUAGUUUCUUAAACCAGUAAGCUGACAUUUUUGGGUAACGCUUGAGGUUGCUAUAGUCGACAUAGACAAUCCCGAAUCUGGAAGUGUAGCCUGAUAGCCAUUCGAAGUUGUCGAGCAAUGACCAGGCAAAGUAGCCUAUCACGUUGGCUCCAUCGUCAGCAGCCUUCUUCAACUGUGCAAGAUACCCCUUAUAGUAGUUGAUCCUUACAGUGUCAUGCAACCCCUUGGGAAGCGUCACAUUCCCAGGUUGAUCCAUACCAUUUUCGGACAAGAUAACUGUAGGGUUCCCAUACCGUUCUUUGACAUACAUCAAACACUUGUACAAUCCCCAUGGAACAUUAUAGAGCCAAUAGGAAUUACCUUUGGGCCAAUAGGGACUCCAUUUUUUGCAAAGGCGAAUCCAGCAUUCCAGUCUUGCUGGUAGCCGAACACCUUGGGCUGCUUCUGAUGUGGAUUAUACAUAUAAUAUGCUGUGUAUUGGUUGAUACCGAUGUAAUCGAAGGACCCUUUAACCAUCUUCUUCUCUUCUGCUGUGAACUUGGGCAGCCUUUCCCCGACGAUCUCUUGCAUUGUCUUUGGAUACUCACCAUAAACAAUGGGAUGAAGAAACCAUCCAAUGUGGAAGUCUCGGGCUCUUUGAGCUGCAUAGUUGUCAGCUUUCCCUCUAGUCAGGGGUUCAUACCAAACAAAGUCCAACAAAGUUCCAAUCUUUCCCUUUUGUUUCUCCUGAAUUGGAACCCAAAUUCGCAAAGCAACGAUUAACUUGAAUGUCGAGCUUAUGAAGUGAAAACAAAAGUGUGUAAGUCACUAACUUGAUACUUUUC